AUGGGAACGGUAUAUACUUCCGAUAAAGCCUUCCAUACCAAACAUGUCUCAAUUGAAGGGUCAGACAAAGCAUAUCCAUCGGCAGGGCAAGCUGGGAAGGAUGCACCCACAUUUGCAGCGUUUGGAGCAAGCGUGGCUGAAGCAAGCCUUUCCCAAUCUUCGUUCGUGAAAACCCGCCACAAUGAUAUUGGCCAUAGCGCAUUUAUUGGUCCUCGUAUUAUCUAUGACACGAAGAAAUCAUCGGAGAUCGAAGGUCACUCGAGUGAUCAACCUUAUCAAACGGAUCAUCGCAUUCUUUUUUCUCAUGUUGGAUUGUGUGCGCUGGUCAUUGGUUACGCGCUGCUUGGUGCAGUUGUGUUUCGAGCAGUAGAAGGACCACAUGAAACGUUCAUACAAGGCCAAGUAACAACAGCGAGACAAAAAGCUGUCAAUAUCGCCUGGAAUGCUACUUUUAGGGUCAACAAAUUGGAUCGUGCACAAUGGGAACGUACAGUUCACGCUCAAGUGCGACGAUUCCAGCGCAAGUGUAUGUGGGCAAUCAAACGUGGUUAUGACGGAAAGGAAUAUGGUUUAUCGGCUCAGUGGACAUUCACUGGAUCCUUCCUUUACUCGUUAACAGUCAUAACAACUAUCGGCUAUGGUAAUACAUCUGCUAAAACAUAUUUCGGCAAAACACUAACCAUUUUAUUCGCAAUUAUCGGUAUACCUUUAAUGUUACUUUUCUUAACGAAUAUCGGCGAUGUUAUGGCAAAAAUUUUCCGAUUUCUCUAUGCACGUUCAGUGCGACUCAAAUAUCGCCUUAUUUUAUGGCACAAACGGCGCAAAGCUGCGGAAUUGCGCCAUGAUAUAAAUACGGAGUUGUCCGGAAAUUCGUUUCGGCUUAGCUCCAAUGUACAAGAUUUGCUAACAGCUCGUGCACAGAUCGAACAACUUGAAGUGAAGGAGAGCGUGGAAGCACAGCUACAACGUAUUUCUGUACCACUAAGUUUGGUAUUCUUCACAAUGUUCGCUUAUCUGGUGGCUGGUUCGGUAUUGUUCUGUCUCUGGGAAGGAUGGACAUUCCUCGACAGUUUCUACUUUUGUUACAUUUCCUUGACUACUAUUGGAUUUGGUGACAAAUUUCCUGGUGCUUCAGUGGGGAACGAUAAGGAUGCACAGAAAAAGCUUGUGAUAACUUCAGUUUAUCUUUUAUUUGGGAUGGCAUUGCUAGCGAUGUGCUUCAAUCUAGCACAAGAAGAGGUUGUGAAUAAAGUCAGUUGGUUGGCAAAUAAAUUUAAAUCACGAGAUGACGAAGUUUGUGACUAG